CAGAGCGCGCUUUAUCGCAGACUUCACGAUUGUCUGUCUUGUUAUGGUGAGGGACGCCCAGUGGAAACACCCUCUACCUGUCCGCGGAUUUUAUGCGUUUAAACCCGACCUAAACUCUAAAUCAAGCCGCUACCUAGACUGGAGAUGGAAAUAUCCAUGGAGGCGGAAGAUGGAGAGCGCAGAUGGGAACACUGGAAGCUUCUGUCGAAUCUGAAGACGACUGUCGAGGGGCUGCUGUCCACCAACAACCCUAACGUGUGGUCCCGCUACGGGGGUCUCCAGCGCCUGCACAAGGACAUGAACAACAUCCUGGGCCAUGGCCUCAAACACGAGCAGAUUUACUAUAAACAAAAAGACUACUGGCGUUUCGUGUGGUGUGUGCGGUAUCUCUGUCCUCAUCUCGCCCGUCAUGUCGAACAGUUCAGUCAGCUGGAGCCGGUGUUGAGCAGCGGCUUCCAGAGUUUCGGCGAGGGUUACAAAGCCGAGCGAUGGCUUCUGCACAGCCUCCAAGGUCACAUCUUAUCCGCCCAGCUCAAACCGCUGCUGCAGCACAAGACAAACACGCAGAAAUAUUACAACGACGGGGCCUUCUUGUUGAGUGAACCACACGUGUCCGCCAUGUUCCAGUGCCUGGAGGCCGUAGAGCAGAAUAACCCUCGACUGCUGGCUCUCAUAGACACAGGCAGGCUUUCGCAUGUAAAAGACUCUCCAUUUGGUUUGCUGAAGAGUCAGAGUUUGUGUCUGCUUCCCGGGGCCACAGGAAGUUGGAGGCCUGCGGAAAAUUCAGAGUCCCGUCGGCUUGCCACGUCCCAGAGCUGCCUUACAGAGAUUCCCAACACCCCUCUGUCCAAGAGCAGCUCAGAUGUCACUCCAUCCAGCAGUGCUCAGGGAGCUCCAUGGGUGUGCGGUAGAGGAAACCAGGAAUCAGGAAUCCCUCAAAUUUCCUUCACCGAGCCCGCCUCACCUGCUCGACCCGAGAUCCGGGAUUGUGUGGAAGCGGAUCUGGAUGACGGCCCGGAGUACCUGGCCAUCGGUAAUCUGGGGAAGCAGAAACGGCGUGACUCGUCCAGCUCCACUCAAAGCAGUGAACACAUGGCGACUCAGGGCGACGCCCACACUCCUUUGGCCCCGGCCCCGCCGCGCCGCUGCUCCUUCUCAGAGGCUCAGAGAACCACGGGGCGGAGCUCGAGGGGCCACAUCCGAUCUCUGUCCGACACGGGCAUCUCGCAAAAGCAGAAAAAUGGAGGGAAUCACAGGAAAAUCACCAUUAUUAUCGAGGACCCCGUCGCAGAGUCUGUUGCAUCUACACCAAUUUCCAAGAGCUGCGGUCCUUUCUCACCCCAGAGCAGCAACAGCAGCACCAACAGUUCCCUUUAUAUGGAGUCUAAUGGCAGCCAGUACAACAGCGUCCCAGACGGAUUGUUCCGCCGGCCGUCUGAGGGUCAGAGUCUGAUCAGCUACCUCUCUGAGCAGGACUUUGGCAGCUGUGCUGAUCUGGAAAAGGAAAACGCCCACUUCAGCAUCUCGGAGUCUCUGAUCGCGGCCAUCGAGCUGAUGAAGUGUAACAUGCGCCGGCCGGUGGACGAGGCGGAGGAAGAGGGCGACAGCGACUCGGAAAUCCAGCAGCUCAAACAGAAAAUCCGUCUGCGCAGGCUGCAGAUACGCCACACGCGGAUGAAGCCGGCGCUCUCCUCUAAUAACCAAGCACCGUCUGUGGAUAGUGGUGGCUCACGGAGGAGCUCCCAGGAUUCCUUUCACCCCUCUGACUCCGGCUCCGAUAGAGACGUGGAGGAUAUCGAGCUCAAAGAUGGCAGUGAUGGUCAGUCCCUGCUGGCGGUGUCUCAGAGCGGCCUGUCCCUGUCACUCGCGUCCCUCUUCUCAGAUGCAGACAUCAAACGCAGUGCGUCCAGCAGCAGGUCCUUCCUCAGCUCCGACUCCAUCUCUCCAUCGGUGCUGCAGUCCAACUCGGCGGAGUCGGUGGCGAUGGGUCUCCUCAGACAGUUUGAGGGCAUGCAGCUGCCCGCCGCCUCAGAGCUGGACUGGCUGGUUCCAGAACAAGACGCCCCGCAAAAACUUCUUCCGAUACCGGAUUCUCUUCCCAUUUCGCCCGACGACGGCGAACACGCGGACGUUUACAAGCUGCGCAUCCGAGUGCGAGGGAAUCUGGAGUGGGCUCCUCCCAGACCGCAGAUCAUCUUCAACAUCCACCCUCCUCCAAAGAGGAAGGUGGUGGUGGCCAAACAAAACUACCGCUGCGCCGGCUGCGGCAUUCGCAUCGAUCCAGACUACAUCAAGAGGCUGAGGUACUGUGAGUAUCUGGGCCGCUACUUUUGUCAGUGCUGCCACGAGAACGCGCAGGCCGUGGUGCCGGGAAAGAUCCUCAGGAAGUGGGACUUCAGUAAAAGCUACGUUAGCAACUUUUCCAGGGACUUGCUGGCCAAGAUCGCGGGGGAUCCGCUCUUCAACCUCGGUGACAUCAACAGCGGCCUGUACAAGAAGGUCAAGGCCCUGGAAACAGUGCGCGCACUGAGGGAACAGCUGAACCACAUGAAGAAUCUCUUGCGAACGUGCCGUUUGGCUACAGAGGUUCUGGAUCAGUUCGACGCUCUUCCCGGACAUCUGACAGAAGACUUCCACCUGUUCUCUGUCAGCGACCUCACGGCCGUCCGCAGCGGCGCUCUGGGGCCGAAGCUGAGAGACCUGCUGCGCCUCGGCUCCAGCCACGUCACGGACUGCAUGCUCUGCCAGGCCAAGGGCUUCAUUUGUGAGUUCUGUGGAAAUGACAAGGACAUUAUCUUCCCCUACGAGCUCAGCAAGUGCCUGCGCUGUGAAGACUGUCAUGCUUGCUAUCAUAAGACCUGCUUUAAAGGAGGAAAGCAGUGUCCUCGCUGUCUGAGACUCGCCGAGAGGAGAGAGCGGAUGGCUCGCAAGAACAUGGAGGAGCAGGAGGACAGAGAGGAGGACGCGGCCAGUGGGACCUAACACACAACACCAGUAAGAUUUCACCAGAGCACAGCGCAGCAGCGAAUGUACCGACUGAUAUUCAGCCAAACGUUUCUUGAUUCCCGUCCCAAAUAAGCUGACCGCAGCACAAUGGAUCAUUAAUGCUAAAGAGUUUUAUGUGCAAACAAGCUUUUCUGCUUUUAAGGACUUGCCGCCUUCAGACAAAAAAAAAAAUCGUAUUUUACUUGGUGCCAUGUUUUUGUUUGUUUGUUUGUUGCCUCCGUCCUUAAACAUCCGAUCUGUUUUAAUCAACUGUCGUAAGUAUAAUGUUUUCGUCUGUCUGCUUUUCGACGCAUAACCUGUCGCGUGCCUCUUUAACGGCUGUUUGUUCGUUUCGAUGCGAGACGGAGAAGGGCAGCUGAACUCCAGCGAGUUUUGCACAACCUUUGUUUCCCGAGAGGUUUCUAGAAGUGCCAGGUUCAAGCUUACCGUGUUAAAGAUUAAAGCUACUAAAACGGAAAAUGCCUCAUUCGUGAAAAGUGAGCCAAAAAAUGAUUUUUGUAAAUAAAACCUAUUUAUUUUAAUGCAACAAUUUACCUUAUGGAAACUACAAAUUUUUAUGCAAUUAAAAGCGGAAACUGUCAUAUUGAACUGAAUGCCAUUCUUAAUGUACCAAUUUUUUUUUCGCGUUAUUUUGCACAGAAAUUCAAUUCGCCAUUUUAGACAUUUUCUCCAGUUAUUCGUAAAACAAUUCGUGCAUUAAUUGUUUUCCAAACAUUUUAACUAGAACUAUAAACAAACCAAUUUCGAAAAAAAUCUUUAUUUUCUGACGUUACUGUUGUUUUGCUCAAACUUCACAAAUGAGGCCCGACGCUGGUCUUUUUAAUUGUACGUUUGAAGGCCUUUUUGCUUUAACAUUUUGCACCUACCAAAAAAAUGGCACUUUUCAGUAUUUCCUUUCUUUUGUUUGACAAAAAAAAAUGUCUUGUCGGUUCUUUAAUUUGCACUAGUUUGAUCGAGAAUUGUAUUAAUGUUUGAGCCGGAACAUCAUUCCAACAUCUCGCGUUCAGUCCAGGAUCUUGCACUGUGGCCUGUAAUCGUCCAAUGAAGCUACUCGUUAAAAAAGAAAGAUGUACCAAAGUGUUAAUUGAUUAAAAGAGUUUAUUACAUCGGUAAGUUGUAUUAGCGUUCUCUACACCGUACAUACUGGACCUAAGUUAAUUUAAGUAGCGUUUUUAAAGAAAAUAUAUUCAAGAGCCCUUUUGUUUGCUGCUGCGAGUAUAUCUGAAGCAAUAACGACGACCAUGUGCUAUUCUGCCACAAGCGUUAAAAGACUUGAAUGUACUGACCUUAAGUAUGCGAGACUGAAUGAAUGAAUGAAUGAACGAACUUGAUUUUGUGUGGUUGCUUAUGAGAUCUAAUGUUUUAUUCGAUCCUGCUGACGUUGUGUCCACUCGAGCUUAUUGUAAAAUUACUGAGUUGCCUUUUUUAUUCAGGGGCUUUUGAUGCACUAUUUGAAAAGAUGUACUUUUCUUAUUAUGUAAAUAUAUGUAACUGACAAUUAAAGAUGUUUAGAGUGCCUUA